AAGCGGCAGGGGUUUGGCGCGCCCAGCGCGCACCGGCCGCCAAAGGAAGCGCUUUUGCCUUGGGACCAGGCGCUAGGCUCCUGGCCCGGCCCGGGGGCGCGGCGCGCCCAUGGGCAGCGCCGAGAACCGCAGCGACGGCUCGGAGGGCGUGGGGGAGCCGCCGUGGGCAGAGUUGCUGCCUUGCGACGAGCGCCGUUGCUCGCCCUUCCCCCUGGGGGCGCUGGUGCCAGUGACCGCCGUGUGCCUGGGCCUGUUCGCCGUCGGGGUGAGCGGCAACGUGAUGACGGUGCUGCUGAUCGGGCGCUACCGGGACAUGCGGACCACCACCAGCUUGUACCUGGGCAGCAUGGCCGUGUCUGACCUGCUCAUCCUGCUCGGGCUCCCCUUCGACCUGUACCGCCUCUGGCGCCCCCGGCCCUGGGUGUUCGGUACGCUGCUCUGCCGCCUCUCGCUCUACGUGGGCGAGGGCUGCACCUACGCCACGCUGCUGCACAUGACGGCGCUCAGCCUCGAGCGCUACCUCGCCAUCUGUCGCCCGCUCCGGGCCCGCGUCCUCGUCACCCGCCGCCGCGUCCGCGUGGUCAUCGCCGCGCUCUGGGCCGUGGCGCUGCUCUCUGCCGGGCCCUUCUUUCUGGUGGGCGUCGAGCAGGACCCCGGCCGCUACUCGGUCCAGGACCUUAACGGCACCGUAGCUCACCCCCUCGCCCCGCCGCCCCCGCCACUCCUCGGGUCCUCGCGGGCGCCACCGCUGUCCCCGCCGUCGGGGCCCGAGGCGGCGGCGGCCGCGGCGCUGUUCAGCCAGGAGUGCCGGCCGAGCCCGGCGCAGCGGGGCGCGCUGUGCGUCAUGCUGUGGGUCACCACCGCCUACUUUUUCCUGCCCUUCCUGUGCCUCAGCGUCCUCUACGGGCUCAUCGGGCGGAAGCUGUGGAGGAGGCGCGGGCCGCUGCGAGGCCCGGCCACCUCCGCUCGGGAGAAGGGACACCAGCAGACGGUCCGCGUCCUGCUGGUGGUGGUUCUGGCAUUUAUAGUUUGCUGGCAGCCUUUCCACGUUGGCAGAAUCAUUUACAUAAAUAACAAAGAUUCCGGGAUGAUGUACUUCUAUAGUACUUUAACACUUGCCCUGCAACUUUUCUAUCUAAGCGCAUCCAUCAACCCCAUCCUCUACAACCUCAUUUCAAAGAAGUAUAGAGCAGCGGCCUGGAAACUGCUGCUAGCCAGGCGGUCCAGACAGAGAGGUUUCUGCAGAAGCAGGGAGGCUGGAGGGGACCCUGGAGGAGACAUGGCUGGCUGCACCGAGACCAGCGCUAAUGUACAGACACCAGCAACCAGCAUGGCCAAACACAGCGCCUCAUCCCACAGCUCUGGGACUGAAGGGAAAACAGGUCUGCAGGAAGAAAAGAACUGCGAGGGGGGGAACCGAAGCUGUUAGGGAGAAUUAGAAAGAGUGGUUGACAUUUUGCAAGUUGGUCAGCAACUUAGCAUGAUUUUUUUUUUUAAACAAAGGUAUGAAAUGUAACUGUACCAGUCUCUCUGGUUUUCCUUUCAUGUACCCCCCUGGGGACGUUCAUUUUAUCCUCCUGAUAUCCCACAUCACAAAAUGUUCUCUGGGGAGGUUUUGUAAGUCCUCAUUCUUCUACUCUGGGGAAAUAUGACCACUCAUUUUCCAGUUAACAAGUGAUCCAGAGAGAUGCUCCCGUAAAAAUUGUCACCUGUGAGGUCAGAGGUGUAUUUUGUUUUAUGUUUUGGAUAUAAAUGUGAUGGUGCAUCUACAAGGAAUCCAGGAUGAUGAGAGUUUUAAUCCAAGAAAUUACUUAAUGCUUAUAUAUGACAGCAAAAAAUGUUUAGAAACAAGUGAAAGGAAUUCUGGGUAGAGUGCAGUGUUCAGGGGUCCCGCCUCUCUCAGGCUCAGAGCAAAUCGUUAAGUUUAGGCACAGUACCCUCUUUCAGAACCUGGGUACCGAAGUCUGAGGGCAGGGAGCUGCAGCAGGAUGUAGCUUCCACAAAGCGACUGUUGAUCACAUUGAUAAGAGCUUUAAUACGCCUUAUUCGCCUCAGCUUGGUGGGAUAAGCAAUGAUGGAACCAAGUCUGGGGUCUGAGUCUGAAAACUUAAGAGCCUUACCCACUCCCACCCCGAGAAGCUGCACUAACAGAAAAAACGAGAGUCAAUGGAUGUACUCAAGGGUGAGAGAGACUGUGCUGGACAUUCUGGCCAACAGCUCUGUAACUCUGUUUUAGUUUUUACAGUUUAAAACAUAAACCUGUUUUUGGAGGGCUCCUACUGCCUCGCUGGACUCCAAAGGGCCUCAGUCAACCCAGGGUCUUAUGAAUGGCGCCCCCUGGAGGUAGGCAGGAUACAACUAGGUCAGCUGUAAACUACAAAUGGUGACUCCAUAAACAAGGGUCCGCUCCACACCUGACAAGGUCCUUUGCUUUUUCAUGUGAUUGACUAUGUACAGUGAUGCCUUCAAGUCCCCUUGAAGUGUCCUAACACCCUGGCCCUGCCCUCAACUGGUGUGGCAGUGAAGAAUUCCCCAGUCUACACUGUUCCUUCCAACUUGGGGCAGUGGUCCCUAAACUGUGUUCUGCAGAUUUUCAGGGAGUAUUUGAAAAAAGGAUUCUGUGGUCACAUAUGGCAGAAGAACAGUGCAUGCUGUACCCACCUUCCCAAGAGUCACAACACAAAAUAUCCCAUCAGAGGCUCUGAGAAGUUGUUGCUGCGGACACUGAUGGAGGGUCUCACGGUGCAGGUGCCAGCCUUGUGCCACAGCCACUCCCCUGCUUGGUGGCACUAAGUGGGGACGUCCUGGAGAUGCAACCACACAGUCUUUCUUCUCUCAGGAGUUCCUCUCUGGGACAGUCAGAAGCGGCUUCUUCCCUGUAGAAAAUCAUGGCUAAGAAACUUACUGAUAAUGUUAUAUGUAGUAUAAUAUUUUAGAUAUAGAAGCAAAGACCUCUCCUUUGAGUUUUCUUGUUCAGAUUCUAGAAAAGAGGGAUUUGCAUCACCCUUUCCUGUGACCUAGGUGUGUUCCCAGGUGUGGGCAGAGAAGGAUCAUCCUUUCUUGCCACUGGGUCCCUGAGAUGGAGUAUCUGAAUUCCAUCCCUCCUGUGGAUUGCUGUGCACCUGUUUUCAAAAUGCCGAUCUUACCCAUUAGUGGAUUGUGAGAUGAGUGGAGUGUGUCACAUGUUUCUUUAUUGGAUUGCGAAUAGAAUAGAGAAUCAGUGCAUCAUGUGUAGUAAGGCUAACUGUUGUGUUGUGAAACUUUUGUUUCAAUUAUAUAUUAGUUGGUAUCUUUCAUGGUUCGUAAAAUAAAAUAUAUUCUCAUUGUGGGUCAUGGUCAAAAAUAUUUGAAAAGCUGUUCUAAGGUCUAAAAUUGUUCUCUACCACAGAAGAAAGUGUCCUCUGGUGUUGACAACUGGCUAUAAAGGGGAGGGGCAUCCUGGGAAGACUCGGGGUGGCCAAGUCAGGGAUCACUGGAGAGGGAUGGCUGGAUUGUGGGCCUCCCUCCACCCUGGAGAUGGUAUCCUGGAUGCUGUGUCUGGGACCUCUCGCUGCCCUCGGACGAAGAUGUGUGCUGGGUCCCUGCAGGGCUCUUUCUGUAGGCCAAGUCGCUUUUUUAAGGUGAGGCACCAACCUUGGGGAAGGGUUUGUGUUUCAUUCAUUCACUCCACAAAUA